AUGGACAACCCUGGUGUGGCAACUAUUAAUGGUAUUAGUAAAGUGACCUCUUAUAUCACAGUAGCCACAUUGCUAUUUAUUAAUUUGUUAAAUUAUAUGGACAGGUUUACUGUCGCAGGGGUUCUAAAAGAUGUUAUAAAAUAUUAUGAUUUAAAUCAUUCCCAAGCUGGGUUGAUUCAGACAUCAUUUAUCUGUAGUUAUAUGGUAUUUUCACCAAUAUUUGGAUUAUUAGGUGAUAGAUACACCAGAAAAUAUAUCAUGGCAGUUGGUAUUACUAUGUGGUCUGCUGUUACUUUAUUUUCAUCAUUUAUUCCAAGAGAUAGUUUCUAUGGUUUUGUAAUAUUACGAGGUUUAGUUGGUAUUGGUGAAGCCAGUUACUCUACUAUAGCACCAACUAUAAUAGCUGACUUAUUUUCUAAAGGAAUGAGAACUAAAAUGUUGAUGGUAUUCUAUUUUGCCAUUCCAGUUGGCAGUGGAAUGGGCUAUAUUGUUGGAUCAUAUGUGGCAUCUCUUGCAGGAACAUGGCAGUAUUCUUUACGGGUUACCCCUGGGCUAGGUGUAGUUUGUGUAAUAUUAAUAUUGGUAUUUUGUAAAGAACCACCACGAGGAAUGGCAGAUGAAGGGACACAUUUAUCAAAUACAGGUGUUAUAACUGAUCUCAAGGCAAUAUUUAGAUGUAAAAGUUUUACAUUAUCUACAAUUGGUUUUACAUGUGUAACUUUUGUCACUGGAGCCUUGGCAUUAUGGGCACCAACUUUCAUGUUAAAUUCCAUUUUAUAUCAAAAUCAUCCAGCUACAGAGGAAAGUAUUUACAUUUUUAUUUAUAGUGUAUCAUUAAAAUUUGGUAUAAUAACAGUAGCAGCAGGAUUUAUAGGAGUCGCUGUUGGUGCAGAAGCUGGCAGACGCUAUAAGAAAUAUAACCCAAGAUCAGAUCCACUUGUUUGUGCAUUGGGUUUAUUAUGCUGUGUACCAUUCCUAUUUUUUGCUUUGGUUUUAUCUCAAUACAAUACCAUUGUAACCUGGGUGUUGAUAUUUAUAGGAGAAACAUUCUUAUGUUUAAAUUGGGCUUUAGUAGCUGAUAUGUUACUGUAUGUCACAAUACCUACAAGAAGAUCAACGGCUGAAGCUGUACAGAUUCUGGUCUCACAUGCUUUUGGUGAUGCUGGCAGUCCAUUACUCAUUGGAGUGUUUGCUGAUCAGAUAUCUGCAGCUUAUGGUCCAGUAGCUAAAAGUACACCAGUUCAAUUUAUAUCAUUACAAUAUUCUCUCUAUUCAACGCCAUUUGUAUGUAUACUAGGAGGUGCCUUCUUUCUAGCUACAGCAUUAGUUAUAGAACAAGAUAGAAAUAGUGCUACAAAACUUACUAAAGGUAAGACAGACAAUAAGUUCUUGUUGAGCGUAGUCAUUAAUGAUUUGUAA